AUGGGCAAUGGUAUAAUUGAUUCAGAUUUGAAGUCUUUAAUUAAAACGGAAAAUUCUAAGGAAUUACAGUUCAAAAUUAAGCAACUCCAAGAAUUUACCAAGAAUUUGAAAGCACAAUUAAAGGUUUCGGAAGCUAAAAAGAAAUUUGAAACAGUGGAACGGGAAAAUAUUAAUGAAUUAAAAUGGAAAGUAACCAGCCAAAAUAAAACCACAACUUCCGCACUAGCAAAUAGUAGGGAUACAAGUAGAUCCUCGGCCAAUAUAACCAGUUUAAUCACAUCUGAAAAUAACAUAUUUCAAGAAAAUAAUAACCUUUUACCGGCAGCUCUAAAGGAAAUUAUUGGUAAUGACACUCUGAUUUUCCAGUGUUUAGCUAAUUCAAGAAAUAGAAAUUGGAACCCUAUAGUUGAGAAACUAUCGGAAUCUAGUGAAAAACUGUCUAUGAUGUCUGUCAAUGAUCUUCGAUUUCAGUUCAUUCCGUACAUACGAAAUUUAUCGUUUGAAAACAUUGAAAGAUUGGACAACAUGUUAAUGGAGAGAUGCCGGUCCCACAAGGCUGGUCAUGACGCAGAAGUUACAAGAUUUCCUAUGGCCUUUUUUGAAUGUAUCUUUAAAAAUUUACUUGACUCGGCAACAACUGCGUCGAAUACCAAAGAAAACUAUGAAUAUGUUCUACAAUUUUUCGACAAAUUGCUUGGACGAUAUGAUAAAUCACUAGAAACCUAUGGAGCCGAUGGUUUAUUAAAGAAGUUCAAACUUAAUAAUGUUAUCAUGGGUCAUUGUAUAACUUAUAUCGCCAGAAUGGGGGCAUUAGCAGAAUAUAACGUAAUGAAUAAAUAUUUGGCCAAAUUUUCCCAAUAUGGCAUCCAACCAAAUAGAAAUAAUUACACCACGUUAAUUAAAUUUUCCAUUGAUAAAAAAAAUUAUGCACAGGCUUGGGAUUUCUUUGAUACUAUGAAGUUCUUAAGUGUUAAGGAGCACGCGCCUGAUGAAAAAACAUAUUAUAGCAUGUUAUUGAUCUGCAAUGAAGAAGCAAACUACGCAAAGGCUAUUGAUCUAUACAAUGAAUUAAAAGAUUUGUAUGAUAAUGCAAAAAGCUCAAAAACGAACAAAGUUUUCCCAUUCCACAUUGAUUCAUCCAGUAAAGAUUUGCAGCCUUCAAUAAAAACAUUGUCUUUGAUGGCACUGAUUUUGGCUAAAAGUAGCAGAGAUAACAUCAUAUCAGAGGGUAAGAGUGGAUCUUUGCGACUAUUAGGCUGGAAAUAUAUACAUGAAAUAUGUGACAGAAAGGAUGUACAAGUUGCAGAAGCACCAUCUACAACUUUAUCGCGGUAUGAUAAAGAUAGUGGCGAUACCCUUAACAAUUUGGAUUCUUUUUACGUUUUAAAGGCCAUGAUGGCAUUAGCCUCCUAUGAUGGCGACGUUGGUCUAGCAAGAGCGUUGUAUUUUAAGUAUGUUAGUAAAAUUAAAAUAACAGGAUCAACAAAAAUCAAUUUGGAUCCUUCAAUGUUUAAUUUACUAAUGCACUCGUAUUCUAGGUGUAGAUUCGAUCAUAUUCCGGUGUUGCUGGGCUACGAGGAGGGUUCCAAACUAAGAUCGCAGAUAUUAUCUAAUGUUGACUACACCGGAAGAACGCUAGAAGAAGCAAAUUCUAAAGUCAUACUUCCACCAUUUCUACCUAAAGCAGAAAUUUUGACCAAGGAAGAAAUUCUAAUGGAAUCAAGAGCACUUUGGCAGUUCCAUGUCGAAAGAAUGUAUGAAAAUUCCGAUACUAUCCAAAUCGAUUAUGAAAAAGACAUCGAAGCAUGUAAGAAGAUCAGUACAGAUUUCGAAAGUUUUAAAUUUAAUAUGUUUGCGUUGAUUACAAACUGGAAAAAAUUAUCACACGUUGAUGACAAUUUAUUGAACACGAAAAAUUUGUGUACAUUUUUAAACACGGCUAUUUCCAUGGAUGAUCUAAGAGAAUAUCUUCUAAGAUUAAGAACGUUUUCAUACGAAGAGCCUCAGUUGGAUGUCAUGCUAAAAAGGGAGUGGGACAAUUAUUCACAAAAUAUCAUACCAUCAUUUACUGGAAAAUCUACAGACUCUACGUUUGUCAACACAGAAAAUAUAAAACAACAUAAUAGAUAUGAUAUGUUUUCAAUGAGAUAUCGUAUACUGCAGCAAUCUGAAAUCUAUUUGUUGUCAAUGAAAGCUGCUGUACACUUUAAAAAUUUGGAUUUGGGUAAGGAUAUAUGGAAAAAAAGAGGAGGAUACAGAAAAACUUGGGCAUUCAAAAAUGAUCCAAACUGGAAGAAAAACGAUGAAAUAUUUGCCGUUAGCGUCGUUUCAUUUUUCACAGAAUUGGGCUAUUUAACCGACGCAAUGAGUGUUAUCAUGUCUUCUAAAAAAUAUAUAAACUGGUCCUACCCAAUGGUUAAAAAAUUACACCAAGCUUUAUUGGAGAUAGAGGAUGUUCAUAGCAUUGAAAUUUUACUAGAUAUUACAAAUAAUAAAAAGGACUUGUAUGAACAGAAAUUACAGGAAAUUGGCAAAAGUUUGGAAAAGCUAAAACUUUAG